CUGGGCACAAUAUCCACCCACCCAUGGCUGCCUUCUUCACGGCCGCCCUGAGGAACCUGCGGGGGGGUGAGGAGGAGCCCAAGGCACCCCCCAAGGACGGCAAGGCGGCUGCCCUGCCCCACGGCAUGUCCCGCGAGGAGUUCGAGGAGUACCAGCGGCAGCUGCUGGAGGAGAAGAUCGAGCGGGACAAAACCUUUGCGCACAAGAAGGCAGAACGGGCAACUAUGCGCAUGCACCUGAGGGACAAGUAUCACCUGGCCCAGGAUGAGCGGGACGAUGCCCAGCUGCACAUAGCGGGCGGCGCAGUGGAGCUGCCGCAGGAGCUGGCUGCCAUGGUGCGUGGCGAGGAGGAGGAGGAGGAGGAAGAGGAGGGCGCCUUCACCUUCCUGACCAAACUGCAGGACGUGGAUCUGGCGGCGCUGCGGGGCCGUGCGCUGGGCACUGUGGAUGAAGUGAUGGAGAAGUGCUCCCUGAUGUAG